ACGUGAGUGAAUCUUGUACGCGCACAUUCCAUUUUUGCAUAGUUUUCAAAACCCUAACUACUUUCUCCCCCUUUUUCUGUAAUUGAAACUCAGCAGUGUCGUAAAGCUAUAGCACCGAGAGAGAGAGAGAGACAGAGCUCCAAGCCAUGGCCAAAUGUUGCUUCAAGCUCGAACAUCCCCUCGAAAGGAGGCAGGCAGAAGCUGCUCGAAUCAGGGAGAAGUAUCCUGAUAGAAUACCGGUUAUUGUGGAGAAGGCUGAUCGUAGUGACAUACCUGACAUUGACAAGAAGAAGUAUCUAGUUCCUGCUGAUCUGACUGUUGGGCAAUUUGUAUAUGUGGUCCGGAAGAGGAUAAAACUCAGCGCUGAGAAGGCUAUAUUUAUCUUUGUUAAGAACAUCUUGCCGCCAACCGCUGCCAUGAUGUCUGCUAUUUACGAGGAAAACAGAGACGAGGAUGGUUUCCUUUACAUGACCUAUAGUGGCGAGAACACUUUUGGAACAUUCUGAGUGCUGUCAAGCUGAAUUAUAUCAUGUAAGUAAUGUUUGAAGAAGCAGCUCGGGAUCUUGUAUAUUCUUUGCUGUCAGCUCUAAUUUGUGCCUCCGAAACUUUCGAGGACAUCUCUUAAAACACGCUUCGACUCUAUGGAAACCGUACAGUAAAUAUAAUCUGGUUUAUCCUUGGACUA